CUUCUUCAUCCACCCCCUCUCCCAUGCCAUACUAACAUGCCCGUCCCCCGCCUCGCAGCGUACGGCCUCAUCUCCACCGCCUUGGCCGGCGCCGUCGUCGGCGGCGCCAUCACCACACGCCCCAACUUCUAUGCCGCCGCGGUGUCAGUUGGGCGCAGCGGAGGAAGUCUAAUGGUCCUCGCCAACUUCUGCCUCUUCAUCGGCGUCAUCCUCGGCGUAGGCUUCAAGCACCUUUUCUUCGGCGACCUCCGUCCCAUCGAGUAUGAACACAUGUUCGAGCGCCUCUGGAUAUUCCUCACCGAGUCUCUCCUUGCCCUCACAAUAUUCCGGGACGACUUCAGCGCCUCCUUUCUGGCCCUCUACUCGGCGCUCGUCUUCCUCAAGUGCUUCCACUGGAUCUCGGCCGACCGCGUCGACUACAUUGACCAGGUGCCCCCGCCUGGUCCGCCGGCAUGGUUCCACGUACGCCUCGGCGCCGUGUUGGCGCUCCUGACGACAUUCGACGUCCUGCUGUUUCUGUACUCGAUGGAGCACGUCAUGGUGAUGGGCGUCAGCGCCAUGGUGCUGUUUGCCAGCGAGUUCGCCAUCCUCGUUGCCGCUAUUUCGGGGACGUGGGCGCGGUACGCCGUCGGAGUGGCGGAUCUCCACCGGGCGAGGGGGCGCGCGGACGCUCCUCCCUGGGAGGAGAAGAGCAUGUAUCUCUUCUACAUUGAUCUCGCAGUUGAUUUCGCCAAGCUCCUCACGUACCUUGCCUUUUUCAUUGUCAUCUUCCUCAACUAUGGACUUCCCGUCCACAUCCUCCGCGACGUGUACAUGACACUCCGCUCGUUUCUGGCACGCGGCGCCGACUUGGUGCGGUACCGCCGCGCCACGCGCAACAUGGAUGAGCUAUAUCCCGACGCGACGGCGGAUGAACUCGCCCGCCUAGGCGACCACACCUGCAUCAUCUGCCGUGAGGAGAUGGUGGCGGAACAGCCAGCGAACGCAGAGGGGCCGAACGAGACGCCCAAAAAGCUGGCUUGCGGCCACGUCUUUCACUUCCACUGCCUACGAUCGUGGCUCGAAAGGCAGCAGAUCUGCCCAACGUGCCGCCGCGACGUUCUCGCCCCGACGCGCACCACCCCUCCCCCGCCGCCGCCGGUGCCCGCACCAGUGCCGCAAGACGACGUGGGUCUGCCAGAGAACGAUGCCGACCGCAUGCGCUCCGCCUUUGAAGAAUACUUCAGGCUUCCCGGCGUCAACGGCGACGCGCCGGCUCAUGUCCCGCCGCAUCGCCCCCCGCGCACCGCAUCAGCCCCGCCAGAGACGGACAGCGACGACGCGCGCCUCCAGCGCGGAAUCUGGGGCGCGCCCAUCGUGCCGGGCCGUUUCGCUCCGCCUCCCCUAGGCGCGGCGCCCUCUGAGAGAGCGCGCAGUGGCCCAAGUGGGGCCGUGACGCCGGCCGCGUCCCAAGCGCCCAUCGUCUUUUCGUCAACAGGCUCGCCGCGCGUCCCUACCCCGCCUCGGCAUCAAGUCGAUAACGACGACGACGACGAUGUGCCACUUCGCGAGGCGGCGGCUGCUGCAGCUCUGCGCCGCUUCAAUGCUGGCACGAGUGCUUCCUCAUCUAAACCUGACAAGGGCAAGGGACGCGCGGUCGACCCCGACGCGUUCGACGCGCCAGCGACCCACCGCAUCCUGCUCACGCCGCACGCCCUACCUCCCCCGCACACGGGUGUGGCGCGCACGCCCGAGGCGGCGCGCGUGGCACUAGAUGCGCGCCUCAAGGCGCUCCGGGACGUGGACGACGUCGUGUGGUCCCUCGUGGGCGAGCUCAGCCGCCUGCGGAGUGCGUGGGAGGCGGAGGACGAGCCGGAGCGCGAGCACCGAGAGGCACGGGGGGAGGGGAGCGAGUCGCCGCUGUUCGGAAGAAGCGAGGCGGGGCCUAGUACAUAGCACAUGCAUAGAGUGGCCGUUUG